AUGCUACAGCGGCAAAUCCUGCAACAGCACGUCAUGAGGCAGCAGCAGCAGCAGCAACAGCAGCAGCAGCAACAUCCAGCAUGCCCCAUGCACCGUGUCCCUUCUCCCCCAUCUGUAGCGCAGCAACCGCAGCAACUGCAGCAACAGCAGCUACAGCAACAGCAGCAGCUGCUACAGCAGCAACUACAGCAGCAGCAACUGCAGCAGCAGCAGUUGCAGCAGCAACAGCUGCAACAGCAGCAGCCCUGUGGCUUUCCGCCAGCUACGUUGCAGCAGCGGACGCAGCAGCCAGCAACAGCAGCAGUCCCUCCGUAUACACCGCAUCAACAGCGACAGCAGCAGCAGCAGCAACAGCAGCAAGUGCAGCAGCCGCCGCAAGCAGCAUGGUUACAACGCCAUUGCUAUAAUCAGCAGCGACAGCAGCAACAGCAGCAGCAGCUGCAGCAGCAGCAGCUGCUGCAGCAGCAACUACAGCAGCACCACAGGUGCCCUAGGCACGUGCAAGGCGUAGCCUUCCCUCCCCCCUGUAACUGCAGUGACACCCCAAGGGGUGCAGCAGCAGCAGCAGCAGCUGCUGCUGCUGCUGUUAACGCAGCAGCAGCUGCUGCAGCAGUCCGAAAAGCGGCAGCAACUGCUGCAGCAGCAAAGCAGCAAGUUGUAGGUCGUGCAGCAACUGCUCCCCUAAGCGAAGCAGAGAGGGCAGCAGCAGCAAGAGCAGCAGCAGCAGCAGCUGCUGCUGCACUUGCUGCUGCUAAUGCUCAUGCAAGGCAGAUUGCUGCAUCUAGAGAAUCCCCUGCUGCAAAGUCAGCAGCAGCAGCUGCAGCUGCAGCAGCAGCAGCAGAGACGAAGGUAUCAGAAGCAGCAGCAGCAGCAGCAGUAGCAGCACAAACAAAGGCAGCAGCAAUAGCAGCUGCAAGCGCAGCAGCAAAGGCAGCGGCAACUGCAGCAGCAGCAGCGGACGCUGCUGCAGCAGCACCAGGAGCAAAAGCACCCGCAGCGGCAACUGCAGCACCAACAGCACCAGGAGCAGCAGCACCAGCAGCAGCAGCACCAGCAGCAACAGCUGCAGCACCAGCACCAGCACCAGCAGCAGCACCACCUGCUGCACCAGCAGCUGCACCAGCAGCAACAGCUGCAGCAACAGCUGCAGCAACAGCGGCACCAGCAGCACCACCAGGAGCAGCACCAGCAGCAAUGCCAGCAGCAGCGCCAGCAGCAGUAGCAGCAGCAGCAGCAGAGGCAACAACGACAGCUGCACCAGUGUCAUCUGCAGCACAACCGCCUCCAGCAGCAGCAGCAGCAGCAGCAUCGGUGCCAGCUGCUGCUGUUGCCACUCCUGCUGCUGCUCCUUCUGCUGCUGCUGUGCAUGCACCUGCUACUGAGGCGGCUGUGGGAGAUACAACAGCAGCAGCAGCAGCAGCAGAAAAUACUGCUGCUCCUGCUGCACCGGCAGCUGACGCCGCAAAGAAAGAGGCAGCAGCAGCACCUACAGCAGCAGCAGCACCUACAGCAGCAGCAGCACCUACAGCAGCAGGAACAGCUGCAGCACCAACAGCUGCAGCAGCACCAACAACUGCAGCACCAACAGCUGCAGCAGGACCUACAGCUGCAGCAGGAUCAACAGCUGCAGAAAUACCAACAGCUGCAGCAACACCAACAGCUGCAGCAACACCAACAGCUGCAGCAACAACAGCUGCAGGACCUGCAGCAGCAGCACCAGCAACAGCUGCAGCACCAGCAGCUGCAGCAGCAGCAGCACCUUCACCACCAACAGCUGCAGCAUCAGCAGCAACACUACCAGCAGCAGCAGCAGCAGCAGCAGCAACAGCAGCAGCAGCAGCAGAUUUGAAGAAGCUGGAAGGAGAUGCAAACAUGAAGAAAUCCCCCGAAGGUAUGUCUCAUUGCCACCUCCAGGCCCCACCUGAGCAGCAGCAGCAGCAGCAGCAGCAGCAGCAGCAACUGCAGCAGCAGCAGCAAAUGACACCGAAGCAGGGAAUGCAGGAGGAGCAGCAGCAAGGACAGGCUGAUGCUGCAGCAAAUAAAAAUCAGCAGCAGGAGAGGCCGCCGCCAACAAGUGUAGUAGUCCUGCAGCAGCAACAACAGCAGCUGCUGCUGCAGCAACAGCAGCUGCAGCAGCAGCAACGGCAGCUGCAGCUGCAGCAACAGCAGCUGGAGCAGCAGCAGCAGCAGCUUUCGCCGACAUCAUCAGGGGGACAAAAGGGUCUGAAUCCGCUGCAGACCGUCGGCGUCGUGCUGCAGCAGCCGCAGCAGCAGCAGCAGCAGCAGCCGUUGCAGCAGCCGCAGCAGUUCCAGCCGCAGCCCCAGGCCCAGCCGCAGCAGCAGCCGCAGCAGCAGCAGCAGCAGCAAUUUGAGGGUCCUCGUCUUCGGCUUCGCGGCCGCAUGCUGCCUCCUGUGUCUCCUCGGGUAACGCGUGCAUGCGCUUCCCGCAACAACAACAACAACAACAACAACAGCAGCAGCAGCAGCAGCAGCAACAGCAGCAGCAGCAGCAGCAGUAGUAGUAGUAUAGGAGUGAGUACAACGGGUACAACAACAACAGCAGCAACAACAACACCAGCAGCAGCAGCAGCAGCAGCAGCAGCAGCAGCAGCAAGUGCUGCUAGUGCAUCAAGUGAGGUUAUAUCAAUGCAAGGUAGCAACAUAAUAGAUUGGUCGCUGCUGCAGCAGCAGCAGCAGCAGCAGGAGCGUCUGCUGCCGCAGACAGCAGCAGGAUGGGAUGCCCUCUUAGGUACAUCUCCUACAUGUGAGGUGUCUGUACACCUGAAGGAGGAGACAGCAGAUCAUUUGUUGCUGGAGCUGCAGCAGCAGCAGCAGCAGCAGCAUGUACAACUGCAGCAGGAUGGUGAACAUGUGCAGCAAGUCCUGCUGCUGCAGGAACCAUGUGAUCCUUGUGGUGCUCCUGUUGUUGCGCUGCUGCUAGAUCCAGAAGCAGCAGCAGCAGCAGCAGCAGAUGAGCCGCUGCAGCCUAGCGAGGUUCGUCUUAUGCGUCUUACUGUACAAGACGCAGAUGCAGCAGCAGACACGCAGCAGCAGCUGCAGCUGCUGCCACGUAGGACCCCACACACAAGGCAGCAGAGGCAGCAGCAGCAGCAACAUAAGUUGUCCUUGUACCAGCAGCAGCAGCAGCAGCAGCAGCAGCAGCAGCAGCAACUCGUAGAGCGCUCCAUAUCGAUCCCGCACUCUAUGCAGAAAGAAGAGGAAGCAGCAGCAGCAGCAGCAACUGCAGCAGCAACACCAGCAGCAACUGCAGCAGCAGCAGCUGCUGCUGAUGCGAAGACGUUGGAUAGUAAAGGAAGCAAAGAGGCAGUUGCUGCUUCGAGCCCGACAGCAGCAACGGCAGCAGCAGCAGCACCUGCGACACCAGCAGCAGCACCUGCGACACCAGCAGCAGGUGAAUCUGUUGACGCCGCUGCAGCAGCAGCAGCAGCAGCUGCUGCUGCUGCUGCUGCUGGGUCGAAGGAUGUGGAGCAACUCCUGCAUGCAGUUAAAGGUCUUGACUCAUCGGGGCUGCAGCAGCUGCUGGCGGUGGCGCAGCAGUUGCAGCAGAAGCAGCAGCAGCCGCAGCCGCAACAGCAGCAGCAGCAGCAGCAGCAGCAGCAAGCGGAGGAUGGAGUUAAGAGAAUACUACAGCCGGACGAAAGCAGCAGCAAAUGCAGCAGCAACGGCGCGAGUAGCAGCAACAGCAGCAACAGCAGCAAUAGCAGCAAUAGCAGCAACAGCAGCAAUAGCAGCAACAGCAGCCUCAGCAGCAACAGCAGCAGCAAGCAGGCAGCAAAUUCUGUCGUAAGAAACGUCACAUCAUUUGUGAAGGAAGAGACACUUACGGACAGAUACAGCAGCAGCAGCAGCAGCAGCAGCAGCAGAAGCAGCAGCAGCAGCAGCAGCAGCAGGGGUAUGUAUUAUUUUGCUCCUGCAUGCGGCCGUCCGUUAACAGAGCGUUUGCUGUCUGGGGAGUUUGAGUCAACUGCUGCUCCUGCUGCUGCUCCUGCUGGACCUGCUGCUGCUGCUGCUGCUGCUGCUGCUGCUGCAGGAGCAGCAGGAGGAGGAAAUGGCAGUAGUAUAUUGGAGGAUGAUGAAGAAGAGCAGCAGAUGUUAUUACAACAUCAGCAGCAGCAGCAGCAACGUAAACGUCAGCAGCAACAGCAGCAGCAGCAGCAGCAGCAGCACGGGGAUCGUCGUCUCCUGCAUGAGAUGCUAAGGGGAGUAGGGGGGAGAUAUAGCGAUCUAGAUAUACCCCUGCCUUGCUUCUUGCUGCAGCGAGCAAGCAGGGAGGCGCAUGCAGCAGCAGCAGCAAUGUGGGGUCAUAUAUUAGGGGAUAAUAGCAGCAGCAGCAGCAGCAGCAAUAGUUGGACUGGUCUAUGUCCGCAGCAACAACAAAGAAGAAAAAGAAGAAUUCUUACAGCAAAUGCAUGCAAAGAUGCAACAUCUCCUCCUCGUACACAACAGCAGCAGCAGCAACAGCAGCAGCAGCAAUUAAUGCAACAACAACAACAGCAGCAGCAGCAGCAGCAGCAUAUGCUGCUACCGCAUGAAUCUGGUGGUACGUCGGGUGCUGUUACUCCCGCAGGUGCAGCAGCAGCAUCAUUACCCGGCAGCACUAGUAGCAGCAGCAGCAGCAGCAGCAGCAGCAGCAGGUCCCGUCCCCGUGGGGGAGCAGCAUCAACAGCAGCAACAGCAGGAGCAGGAGCAGGAGCAUCAGGAGGAGAUCCUCUGCAAGUCAGCAAACGUUCCUUAGGUGGAUCUACUGGAUCCCGUAACAACAACAGCAGCAGCAGCAGCAGCAGCAGCAGCAACAGCAGCAGCAGCAACAGCAGCAACACAACGAAUAUGAACAGUAGCAGCACCGUAACAACAGCAUCAGCAGCAGGAUUAUUAACAGGAGGAAUAGGAGCAGCAAUUGCAUGCAAAUGCAGCAAUAAUUGUAAUAUAAUAUACUAUAAGAUAGAUUCAUCAAUAAAAGGAGUAAUAGGAGGAACAUAUGAGGAAAAAAAAAGUUUUAUUGGAUCGCAGUUCUUUGCUGCUGAGGAAUUAAACUUUCCUUCCCCUUUGCUGCUGCGUAUAGCUAAUGCAGAGUUUAGGUUCUUAUUGCGGUGGGGUAGGAGCAGCAGCAGCAGCAGCAGCAGCAACAGCAGCAGCAGUAGUAGUAGUAGUAGCAGCAGCAGCAGCAGUAAUAAUAUUAGCAGCAGCGGUGUUGCUUAUUUUAGUGGUAGUAGUAGUGCUACUGUACAUAAUUUAGGUCUUGCUGCUGCUGCUGCAGCAGCAGCAGCAGCAGGAUUACCACCUGGAUAUACACCCCAACCUCCUGCUGCUGCUGCUGCUGUUGACUACUUUGCUGCAUUUAAGAAAUCUAUUCGUCAAUUUAAGGUUCUUUUUCCUCCUCUUGUUAAGACAAGACAACAAGAAAUUAAUUAUAAAAGAGUUGCUGCAGCAGGAGCAGCAGCAGCAGCAACAGCAGCAGCAAAACCAUGUGGCAGCAGCAGUCUUGCGGAUAGUAUCCUUAAUGCAGAGCCCAAGAAAGAAGCAGCAGGUACUCCGUCUGCUGCUGCUGCUGCUGCUGGUGCUGCUGCUGACGGCCCUGAGGGGAAGUCAGGUGUAUUAGGAGCAGCAGGAGGUGCUGCUGCUGCUGCAGCACAUGUUAAGCAGCAACAGCAGCAGGGGCAUGAUGGAGCCAAGCGAGAAGGAGAAGGCAUUAAAACCACCACCAGCAGCAGCAGCAGCAGCAGCAGCAGCAGCAGCAGCAGCGGAGGAGAGACAACACGUUUGCGUCUUAAAUGUUUUGGUGCUGCUGCACUAGCAGCAACUUCUCCUCCUUCCCAAUCCCCUGCAGCAGCUCAGCAGCAGCAGCAGCAGCAGCAGCAGCAGCAGCAGAAUGUAUUGCGACCUAAACAAGAGAACUGUACACAUAGUGAUGAGGAACUAGACACCGAGCAGCAGCAGCAGCAGCAGCAGCAGCAAAAGCGGCGUCGUUUAUGUCGUCGUCGUAUAGCGGAUCCAGGAGAUGACAUUGCAUUUGCUGCUGCUGCUGCUGCAGCAGAAGAAGCAGCAGCAGCAGUUGCUGCUGCUGCUUCUGGUACAUCAGGAGGACCAGGUAGUAGUAAUACAUCAUCCGGUGCAGCAAAAGGAGGAGGAGCAGCAGGAACAGCAACAGCAACAGCAACAGCAGCAGGAGAAGGAGGAGGACCUUUGCUGCUACCUAGAGAAGCAUUCCUUCAUUUAGGUAGUCCUGCUGCUGCUGCUGCUGCUGCUGCAUUCCCUCGUUAUGUAUGCGGAGGUAUAGAUAGGGAAACACUAAUAAGAAAGAAAAGAUUCAGGGUUCCUGUUUGUAGAGGUGCAGCAGCAGCAGCAGCAUUCUAUUCUGCUGCUGCCCGUAAUAACAGCAGCAGCAACAGCAACAGCAACAGCAGCAGCAACAGCAACAGCAGCUCGAAUACAACAGCAGCAGCUGCUGCUGCAAGAGGACAGCAACAGCAGCAGAAACAGCAACAGAUCCCUGAUGGUAUACCAACAAGUCCUUCGCAGCAGCAGCAACAGCAGCAGCAACAUAAUCAAUCCCCCAGCACACCUACUAUAACAACCCCACCCCGUAACACAACAACAACAACCACCAACACCAACAACAACAACAGCAGCAGCAACAGCAGCAGCAGCAGCAGCAGCACGUCUCGACCAUCAUCAUCAUCAUCAUCAUCAUCAUCAUCAUCAACAACAACCAACCCGACCAAAACAACCACAACAACCACCAACCCCACCACAACAACAACAACUACCAUCAGCAACAGCAACAGCAGCAGCAGCAGCAGCAGCAGCAGCGGCAGCAGCAGCAGCAGCAGCAGCAAUAAUAAUAAUCGAUUGAAGGUACAAGUUGCAUUUGCUGCUGAUGAUUCUGGUGGGGUUGCUUGGUGGGACGGAGAGGUGUUUGCUGCACCGCCGCAGCAGCAACAGCAGCAACAGCAGCAACAGCAGCUUGUUGUUGACUAUUGGGUUGAUGAAAAUACACAACAGCGUGCUACUGUUCAGGUUCGUGACUUUGUUCCUCCUAAUGUACCAAUAACAGAGCCACGCGCUGGAUGUUGGCGUCUGCAGCCAACUCCCCUCUAUCCAAGGAAGCCAAGAGGGGACGUAGACAGUAGCAGCAACAGCAGCAGCAGCAGCAGCAGCAGCAGCAGCAGUAGCAGUAGCAGUAGCAGUAGCAGCAGCAGCAGCAGCAGUAGCGGUAGGAGUGGUUUCUCAGUACUGCAUGGAUCAUCAGAUAAUCCUCAACAUUAUGCAUUACAGCAACAACAUAAACAAGAGCAGCAACUGCAGCAGCAACUGCAGCAGCAACUACAACAGCAGCAACAGCAGCAAGGUGCACGUCAUACAGAUGUAUGGCCAGGUGCUGUUGUUGCUGUUGCAUGCGACAGCAGCAGCAGCAGCAAAUUAAAAAUGCAAGAUGCUGUUGUAUUAGAUGUAUUAACUUCUCCUCCUUGUAGUGUAUAUGCAGCACCAUAUAAACCUCCCCACCGCAGCAGCAGCAGCAGCAGCAGCAGCAGCAGCAGCAGCAGCAGCAGCAGCAGCAGCAGCAGCAGCAGUAGUAGUAGUAGUAACCCAACGAAUAUACCAUCUACAGAGAUGGGGAAAACGGGAAUAAACUCUACUAACAAUAAUAACAGCAGCAAUAGUAGCAGCAGCAGCAGCAGCAGCAGCAAUAAGCAACAACAACAGCAACAAAUAUCAUUAAAUGUAUUACAAGGAAGAAGACAAUUAGAUGGUAUAUGUAUAGUAGCAGCCACAUCUAUUGCUGCAGCAGCAGCAGCAGCAGCAGCAGCAGCAGAUGCAGCAGAUGCAGCAGCAGCAGCAGCAGAUGCAGCAGCAACAGGUUAUCAUGCAACAUCCACAACUACUGCAACAACUUUGGGUAUGGGCAGUGCCUAG